AGUAUGGUCCUUCGUUUGAAAAACGGAAUCACUACAAAUAUGUUAGACUUCUUCUGGGUUUGCCCGGAACUUCUGAAACUUGUUUUGUUUUAUAGAUUUUAAUGUAACUGAUAAUUGCAACGCCACGGCCGUUUCGGAGCGCCCUACGCUCGUAACAGAUGGAUCCCAAAUCUUUCUAUCAGACAAAUCAUAUGUAAUAAUACUGUACACAAUUAAAAAGUGUAUGGUAGACUGAUGAUAAGAACAAACCUCAUAGUUGCGUGUGGAAUUUCUCCGGAUCCAGCGACUCACUCGGAGCAGGUAAACAUGCGGGUGGAUCACAGUUACUCUGGAGAUCUGGUGGACAUGAAGAAGCAUGGGAUGGGAGUACAGGAAUGGGCUGAUGGGUCCACAUACAAGGGGCAGUUCCAGAAUGACAUGAAACAUGGGUUUGGCGUAUUUACCUGGCCCAACGGGGAGAUAUAUAAAGGUGAAUUUUAUAAAGAUCAUCGACAUGGACAUGGAGUUUAUCAAUGGCCUGGAGGCUCUCACUUCACAGGGAAGUUCUUCCUAAACCGCAAAGAAGGAUAUGGGAUUUUGGAAUAUGAGGAUGGAACUAUUUUUCAUGGGCUAUAUAAAAGUGAUGAACGGUUUGGUCCUGGAAUUAUGACUUAUGUCGAUGGCCGGCAGGAUGUAGGCCUUUGGCACCGCAACCUCUUGGUAAAGCUUUGCAGCAGUAGUGCUGGAGCUUUCAAGGUGUCUGAUAUCCCUGAGUAUCGCACCAGUGUUGACAACAGGCAGAACAUCAAAACAGUUGACUUUGCCUGUGAACCAGAGGUGACAGACGUUGACAUCCAAAAGAGUACUGAGUCAGACAGUGAUCCUUUCUUCUAUGCUUUCAAGGAGCUGCUAAUAGAUGAUCAUUUUGUGCUGCCACCUGAAAUUCAAAGAUACUCCAUUGACCCCGAUCACCUGCCUAUGACACAGUCUGUCAAAAAUGAACUAAUUCAGAAGUUUUUUGGGGAAGAGAACUGUCUGGGUUUUGGGAAAGGACCUUUCAUACAAAUGUCAUCUGCCAGCACUUGCCACCUGCUACUUGUGAUGCAUAGACACAUCAACAGACACAGGUGUGAACAGGAAAAGUUAAACUGGGAUAUUGUUCCAAUUCUAAAUGGUAACAGGGACCCGUUUGGUCCAAAAGGUCCAAUAGAGCUGAAUUCUGAGAAGCUGAUUCUGGAGUCUUCUUCCGGGAACUCUCAAAAUGUCUAUAAAAUUCUGAGUAGUGGUCUUGCUCACCCUGAUGUGUCAGAUGUUAAUGGACACACUGCUUUAAUUGGAGCAUCCGUUGGUUGCCAUCAUGAUGUCAUUAACCUUCUACUGGAUAGUGGAGCAGAUGUCAACAAAAUGAACAAUGAGGGAUUGUCUGCCUUUGCUGCAUGUAAUGUGCUUUAUUAUCCACCACAAUCUUUCCAAGAAGAAAGGACAGAAGAAAUUACUGAGGAGGACAAGACAAUACAAUCACAGAAUAUAUCUGGGAACACUGAAAUGAACACUGAAAUAAAGGAUGACGAAUGGUUAAAUGAAAGUGAUAUACAAGAAGAAGUGUCCAUGGAGAAGGAAAGUUUGAAAUCUGUUAGUGGUGUUACUUUCGAACCAAGCCUGUCUGUCACAGAGGGGAUCAAAAAAAAAGACAAGAAAACUGAUGCUCAAGGGAAACAGGACCAGGCUUUAGAUGAUGCUUUUAAUUCUGCUGAAAGUUUACUGAGCUUUACCUUUGAUGGCUCUGAGCAGACACUCCAAGCCCAACCUUUUUCCCACAAAAAAUUUGUGAAGUCAUACAGAGAGUCUUUAGACAAUAUUCAGAAAUUGGCAUCCAAAAAUUCAGAGGGCUUGCAAUCAACAAUCAAGCUGUUACUGAGCAGGGGAGCCGAUCCCAAUAUUUCAGUGGUGCCAGUGCCAGCGCUUUUCAUUGCAGUCAAAGCGGGUGACAGCAAAGCAGUUCGGCAUCUUCUGGAAUGUGGUGCCAGGACAGAUCUAACUCUUUCAAAGGAGCUUAAAGGCCUGAAUUCUCUACAUAUUGCGGCAUCAUUACCAGGGACGGAGGCAGUUGAGAUCACAGAGCUGCUGCUGCAAGCUGCUGCCGAUCCAGAUGUAAUGGCACUGGAUUCAGAAGACUUACAUGAGCCUGAUGAGAACUUCAGCAAAGAACCACCUUCAGGAUUCAGCACAAAGCCCCGUAGCUCAUUAGGACCACCCCAAGAAUUCUAUAGCCUGCCUGAUAAAAAACCAGUGGAAGGGGGCCGGACACCUCUACAUGUUGUUUGUCAACAAGCCAUUAAUUACAGAAAUACUAGAGAUGUAGUUCGUGUGCUGCUAAAAUAUAAGGCUGAUCACAGUUUGCUGUGGAGUGGACAUUCCGCACUCUCGCUGGCUAUUUCCACUGGCAAUCAUUUGGCAGUAGAGGAGUUAUUGUCUGCAGGAGCAGAUCCCAACCUUCCCUUGGGUGAUCGAGUAGGAAGCUCACUGUGUGCUGUCUGCAACAUCAACUAUGGAAAUAAUCGGAAGCCACAAGAAAAAAUGACAUUGUUAAAAAGGCUGAUAGAGGCUGGUGCGAACAUACUGAUGCCUAUCACCUUAGGUGACAGAGUGCCACCAAUGAUAGGAACAGCAGUGGAUUAUGGAUUCUACUCAUUUUUCCAGGAUGCCAGGAUUGCUCAAACGUCAUACCAUGCUUUGAACCCAGCUGAGCGAGAAUUGUUCAAUUCCCGCAAAGAGCAGCUUCAACUGAUGGCUGAUCUUUUACGGGAUGCUGUAAUACAGAAGGAGAAGGAGAGGAUAGUGAGAGACUUUGAACAAGGCAUUCACUAUUUGAAUCCAUCUGCUCAUUUUGUUUAUACAAAAACAGGAACUGUCUUAAAAGAUUUAAUAUCUAAAAGUAUGAGUACUAAGGCUGAAGGAGAAGAAGAAUCCACAAGCAAAAUAGAUGUUGAUGACAAGCAAAAUGAGGUUAUCAACAGUGUGCUGUCAGAGAAACUCAGUGAUGCGCAGAGUGUGAAAGAUGCUGGGUCUAUAAGCCUCAAAGGUGGUGAAAGUAAAACUCCUAGUAAACCGCGUGUUGUUAUAAGGAAGCCUCUUUUUAAAUAUUGUUACCAGUGUGGUCGUUCAGUGGGUGUGUACCUACUGCCCUGCACCCGCUGCCGAGAGGUCUUCUACUGCAGCAAGUCCUGUAAGUUCAAGGCCUGGACUAACCUGCACAAAAAGGAGUGUCUCCGAGUUACAGACUUGAGUCAAGAUGUUGCUGUUGCUCAUAUGAGACUGAGAAAGGAUCAAGAUACAGUAAAAAUCUAUGAAAAUUACAGUUUCAACUGAUUUCGAAUAUGAAGAAAAACAUGUUCAGUGUUAAAACAUCCAAUUAAUUUUUAAUCAAACUCUGAGAUGCAGAGAGCCCAAAUCAUCUUUUGGCAGAUGCAAAAACUAGGCAGGGUGCCAUUGCAGAGCUUUCUUUGAGGUGUCAAGUAAUCUAAGUGCAUGUGGUUGGGGUGUGGGAGGUAGCCAGAGGCCCUAGUGAUCAUGCACUCGUAAAAUAUGGGGAAAGUGUGCAGGCUCCACGCAGAGCGCACCACAAGCAGGGAUCAACUAAAAUGAGAUGUUUACGUUACUUCUCAUGUAACAUUUUUGUGGUUUUAGUUGCUUAAUUAAUGUCAUGUUCAUGCCCCCGUGGUUAUGAAUUUUUAAUUAUUUUUUAAUAAUCCUUUUUGAUUGUUGCUAUUUUAUAAAUCAUGAAAGUCUUCAGCAUGAGUCGCUGUUUUAUGACAUCUGUUUCUAAAUAAUAAUUUACUUGUCUGAAUUAAGGCUUUGGUUUGGAAAGAGACAGUGCAAGUGCAAUUUUAUGUGUUGCAGAUUAGAAUUCCUUUAUCAGUGUUAAUGAAAUUAUGUUGAGUCGAUUCAGUGCUAUUUUGUUCUUAUUUUUUAACUGAGUUUUUAUAUGACAUUAUCAGAAAAUAUUUUAAUAAAGACAGUAAAAUGUUUGGGAA